UUUGAAGCUGUCACAUUUGCAGUUUAAAGAAGCUCCACCCCACAAAAGGCAAAUAAUUAUGAAAAAUUGUAUCUCAAAACUGAAAGACAUGAGUUAUUAAAACCAAUUUUAUUCCAACCUCUACCGAAGCUGGAUUAAUAAAAUGUCCGUGAGUUCCGGGAAUGGGAAGCUGCGUCAGUGGUUGAUCGAGCAGGUGGACACGGGGAAAUAUCCGGGUUUAGUGUGGGAGGACAGAGACCGGACCACCUUCCGCAUCCCAUGGAAACACGCCGGGAAACAAGAUUAUAACAGAGAUGAGGACGCGGCGCUGUUCAAGGCCUGGGCUCUGUUUAAGGGAAAGUAUCGUGAGGGUGUAGAUAAACCUGAUCCACCCACCUGGAAAACCCGUCUCAGGUGCGCACUGAACAAGAGCAGUGACUUUGAAGAGCUUGUGAAUCGAAGUCAACUGGACAUAUCAGAACCGUUUAAAGUUUAUAGAGUCAUUCCAGAGGGGAGUAAAAGAGCGCCAAAAUUAUAUGAUAAAGUUUCAUUGCCCUCAAGUCACCAUAACUACCCAUUAGACCCUUCAUAUGAGGCUCUGCAGGGUCAGGUGUGUAACUUCCUGUCUGCCAGUGAUAGGAGCUGGAGGGACUUCCUGUGUGAUCAGAAUCCAGUAUCAGAUAUUCACUCUCCAUUCAGUCAAAACCCUCACUGGGACACUGGGUACCAGAUAAGUGGAUCUUUCUACUGCUCCAGUUCACUGGACUCACCUCCGUCCCCCUUCGUUCUGGACACAAGCAUGAGAUCAGCAGAGGCCAUGGCACUCUCUGACGCCCGUCUGCAGGUAACCGUGUUCAGCGGCGAGUCUCUGGUCGCUGACGUCACGGUCAUGAGUGUACAGGGCUGUCGGCUGGUGCCUUAUGAUGAUAACUGGCCGUACAGUGGCCCGGAGCUGGUUUCUCUCCCUCAGACAGAGAGAGGAGAGCUGGAAGGUGGAGUUCAGCUCUGGAUGAUGCCCGACGGUCUGUACGCCCGGCGCUUCUGUGAGAGCAGAGUCUACUGCGACAUGACACACACAAACCCAAACACCAAACUCUGCAAACUGGAGAGAGAGCAAACCACCAAACUACUGGACACACAGCUGUUCCUAACAGAGCUCCAGGGAUUUGUCUUACAAUCUCGUCCUCCUCCACAUUUCCUUGUGCAGUUGAUUUUUGAGUGCUGUGACACCUCCACAGGCAAGAGGCCCUUGACAGUACAGGUGGAGCCGCUGUUUGCGCGUCAAUUGCUGCUCCUCACACAGCAGAGAGGCGUCAAUUACAUGAGAGGUGCCCAUGAACUUUCACCUUUGACCCCUGAUCAGAUAUUCCCCAACAAUCAAGAUUAUCCUCCCGCCAUCAGACACCAGAAUCACGACAAAUUCUUGCAAGAGUAAAGAGUGCAAGAGUUUCGAACAGAGAUUUGACUUUGUAUCGAAUAAAAAAAGAAAUACAACACAUACCGAUAUGCUGCACUUAUGAUUUUACACCCUAAAUGAAACCAGGAAAGUGAAAAAAAAAGUACAUAUAAAUAUGUCAAAGGAUUUGAUUAAUUUAGUUUCGAUGGCUGUCUUAUAUUUUCAUGCUUUGUAUUUCACUUUGUAAGCUUGAACUGUUUCUACGUUGUAAAAUUGCAACUCAACGGCAUCUCAGGGAUAAUGUUUGUAUUGUUCAUUGCGAUUAUAGAAGUGCAUUAAUGUCAACUUUCUUAAAAAAAAAAAAGAAAAAACAUAAAAAACAACACACUGAAGUGUGGAGUUGUCUAGUAGCAGCAAAUGAAGAUUGUGCUUCGGCACUCUACUGCUUUUCUUGCAAUGCCAGGAUACACAAGGUUGAAUUUCCAAACUAAUUUUAACCACUGAAAUUUUAAGAGGCGAAUUUGCAAAGCGAAAUAUGACCAAAUAUUACCUAUCGAUUAAUAAAGAUGAAAAUAAUAAUAAUAAUAAUAUUUUGGAACUGAACUUUGGAAGGUGAAUAUUAAUUAUUGAAUUUAUUAUUAAUGUUGAAAUUUUGUGCAAAAUGUAUUCUAUGGAAAUAUUCACAGCCCAAAUAUACAACCAUAAGAAACUGCAUCCCAAAACAUGCAAGCACUGUUAAUUCAAUGUGUUUGUUCUUGGCAAAAUAGACACGUAUGGUAAGAAAUGGGACAGCCUUUGUGGAGGGCGAGAAACAGAAUUGUGGUGAUAAUUGUAAAUUCUAUUCCUUGUGGAAUUCUUUCUUUCUCUUUGUUUGUUGAUUUUUAUGUUCUCAGAUAUUUUCUUUUGUUUGUUUGCUUAUAUGUGUGCAUGGUGUAAUUUAGGCUUUGACCACAGGGAUAUUUGUUGAGGGGCAGGGUGGAGUUGGGAAGGGGGUUAUAACGGAAGUUAAGUUGAUUCUGUGUGUAUAUAUAUUCUGUUUAUUCCAUAUUUCACAUAAGAAUCAAUAAAAAUACUCAUAUCAAAAUUCAAUGUGUUUGUUUUUCAAUUUGUGCAAUUCAGCAUGCUUUUAUUCCAAAAACAUACUGUAUGUCAUGAAAGGGAUAGUUCACCCAAAAAUGAAAAUUGUCUCAUUUACUCACCCCCUCAAUGCCAUCCUAGGUGUGUAUGACUUUCUUUCAUCACCAGAACACAUUUGAAGAAAAAUAGAAAAAUAUCUCAGCAGGUCCUUAAAAUGCAAGUGGAUGGUGAUCAGACUUUUGAAGCUCCAAAAAUCACAGAUAGUCAGCAUAAGCGUCAUCGACACGAGCAAUGGACUGUAGUUAAAAAGUACUUAAAUAUUGAUCUUUUUCACAACAAAAGAGAUCGUAUCACUUUAGAAGACAUUAAUUUAACCACUGGAGUCGUAUGGAUGAUGUUUACACUGACUGUCUGU